CGGAGAAGAAAAGCCCCAGUUGACAGCGGUCCUCCCGUUCCCUGCCAGCCCCGGCCGAAGAAUGUCUGUCGUCUAGAAAGGGUAGCGGCUCUCCCCUCCCCUCGUCUCCCUCCCUCCCUCCCAAGGAGAGGAUCGGUCCUUAAAGCAGGGGGGUCAGCCAUGAGCCCCCGAAAGGCUCCAGAAAGAGCCCAGCGGGCCGGAGCAAGGCGGCGGCCCCAGGGCCAGUCUAGGUGAGCAUCUGCCGGGAAAGGUGAAGGGAAUCCCCGGGACGGCCAUGCUGGCUGCCCGGAGCGGGGCUCAGGCUCUCCCGGCCAGGUUUGCGGUUGAGCCGGUGCUCGAAGAUGGGGAGUUACUUGUCCGUCCCGGCUUACUUCACUUCCAGAGAUCCUUUUCGGUGUUCAGAAUGUCAGGAUCCCCUCACCAAUUGGUACUAUGAAAAAGAUGGGAAACUUUACUGCCACAAGGACUACUGGGGGAAGUUUGGGGAGUUCUGCCAUGGCUGCUCCCUAUUAAUGACUGGCCCCGUCAUGGUGGCUGGAGAGUAUAAAUACCACCCAGAAUGCUUCACUUGUAUGAGUUGCAAGGUAAUCAUUGAAGAUGGAGACGCAUAUGCACUGGUUCAGCACACUACCCUGUACUGUGGGAAAUGCCACAAUGAGGUCGUGCUGAUGCCCAUGUUUGAAAGGCUUUCCACCGAGUCUGUGCAAGACCAGUUGCCCUACUCAGUCACCCUCAUCUCCAUGCCGGUCACCACCGAUGGCAAGAGAGGCUUCUCGGUGACAGUGGACAGUGCCUGUUCCAACUAUGCCACCACCGUGCAGGUGAAAGAAGUCAGCCGGCUACACAUCAGCCCCAAUAUACGAAAUGCCAUCCACCCAGGGGACCGCAUCCUGGAGAUCAACGGGGUCCCUGUCCGGACGCUGCAGGUGGAUGAGGUUGAGGAGGCGAUUAGUACGACGAGCCGGGCGCUUCAGCUACUGAUCGAGCACGACCCCGUGUCACAGCGUCUGGACCAGCUGCGGCUAGAUGCGCGACUCCCAGCUCACCUGAAGAAUACCACCUCCCUUCAUCCGGUCGGCACGCUGGAUGCCAAAGAGAACCUUGAAGGGACGCUCCGGAGACGCUCACUCAGGCGCAGUAACAGCAUUUCCAAGUCCCCGGGUCCCAGCUCCCCAAAGGAACCCUUGCUGCUGAGUCGGGACAUCAGCCGCUCAGAAUCCUUGCGCUGCUCCAGCAGCUAUUCCCAGCAGAUCUUCCGGCCCUGUGACCUGAUCCAUGGGGAGGUCCUGGGAAAAGGCUUCUUUGGGCAGGCCAUCAAGGUAACACACAAAGCCACAGGCAAGGUCAUGGUCAUGAAGGAGUUAAUUCGGUGUGAUGAGGAGACACAGAAGACCUUUUUAACAGAGGUGAAAGUGAUGCGGGCUCUGGAUCACCCCAAUGUGCUCAAGUUCAUUGGAGUCUUGUACAAGGACAAGAAGCUCAAUCUCCUGACGGAGUAUAUCGAGGGGGGCACGCUGAAGGACUUCCUCCGGAGUGUGGACCCAUUUCCCUGGCAGCAGAAGGUCAGCUUUGCCAAAGGAAUUGCUUCAGGAAUGGCCUAUCUGCAUUCCAAGUGUAUCAUUCACCGAGACCUGAACUCACACAACUGCCUCAUCAAACUGGACAAAACUGUUGUGGUGGCGGAUUUUGGGCUGUCACGACUCAUAGUGGAAGAGAGAAAGAAGCCUCCCGUAGAGAAGGCUUCCACCAAGAAACGCACCCUGCGGAAGAGUGACCGCAAGAAACGCUAUACAGUUGUGGGGAACCCUUACUGGAUGGCUCCAGAAAUGCUAAAUGGAAAGAGCUAUGAUGAGACAGUGGACGUCUUCUCCUUUGGGAUCGUUCUUUGUGAGAUCAUCGGCCAAGUGUAUGCUGACCCUGAUUGCCUUCCCCGCACACUGGACUUUGGCCUCAACGUAAAACUUUUCUGGGAGAAAUUCGUCCCCACGGACUGUCCUCCAGCCUUCUUCCCUCUGGCAGCCGUCUGCUGCAAACUGGAACCCGAGAGCAGACCUCCGUUCUCAAAAUUGGAGGACUCCUUUGAGGCGCUCUCCCUUUACCUUGGAGAAUUGGCGAUCCCGCUCCCCUCUGAGCUGGAGGAGAUAGACCACAAUGUGAGCAUGGAUUACGGACUGAGCCGGGACUCACUCCCCUAGGGCCUCCCAGCCUAGGGUUUCCUCACGCAAGCAGCGUGGAGGGAGGACAGAGGACGCUGUGCUCCAUCCACCUGCAGGGCAUUAAGGGACGUAACCCUGCCCACCACCACCACCAUCACCACUUCUCCCUCCCCGAGGCAAUGAAACUGCCCUUGUUUGGCCAAGCUUUGGGUUUCCUGUGGAUGUUAGGAGAGGAAAAAAAUCGUUUUCUACUGCCGCAGGAGAGAGAACCAUGCCCUGGCUUGGUAAACCGGGGGUCUGGGAUGUUCUGGGUCUCAAGUCAUUCUCUUUGAACCUAACAUUUGAUUGAAAGCUGUGAAGAAAAACUCGACCAGUUGACUGGGAGGGAACUGACUGCUGGGUGUUAAUUCUGCUCAGACUUCAGAAUGGUUACUGCCUCCCUGCAGUUAGGAUUACACUAAAUUUGGGGAACCCAGGCCCUUAGGCUUCUUGGCCCCCAGAAACAUUCCUGAAUAGGUGGUGACUGUGUGGACUUGGCUAGAAGUUUCAGCAACUGGGAUGGCUUUCUGGUGAGUGACCCUGGAGUAAAGGUGCUGUGGGAACUCUUCCCGGGACCUAGGCCUGGCCCCUCUCAGUGCAUGGUGGUGGUGCUGGGAUGAUGUAGAGGACUGUGGUUAGGGUAUUCCUUAGCUGGAUAAAUGGGAAAAGCAGAGGCUUAGGAAAAUGUUAUUCUCAGUUACAGCUCCUCUCUACUAUCCCUUUUGCGGAUCCAAGGAGCCAAGUACAAAGAAAGCAUCAGCAGAGGACUUUUCUCUGUAUAACCACAAUCCUAACUUCUCCCUGGCAAGGAGCUCCUGUGAGGUAGUGUCAGAGCUGCCCCAAGCAACAAAGCAUGCACACAGGCCCCGGAGGCUCUUGGUAGCCGGGUGGAAAGAAGUCACUGCUCCUCCCUGUUGGCACAGUAGACUGCUAAGUGGAAAUGGUUGAAGUUCCUAUAUCAGCAUCCAAAGCAGUGGUGGGGGAAAGAAGAUUUUCUUAUGGAAAUUUGGUGAUUGCCCGAAGUGUGGGAGUAGACCCUAGCUAUGUUUGUUCCUCGAGGGCAUUUCCUCUGUGUUAGGCACAGCCUUAUAGGUUCCCUUACACUGUUACCCAGUCUGUAACAUCCCUUUCCCCACAAGAUUGGGGGAUGAAGGGAGAGCAGCCGGCCCUCAGAGGGACUUGACAGGCUUCUUCCUGGGAAGGGGUAUGAAUCUUGAGGAAGAGUUCUUUUUCCCUGGGGUGCUGAGGGAAAUGGAAUUCCAAGCUUUAUCCUCAAAGGGGGACCUGGGCAUUGGCCCAUUGGCUCAAUCUUCAGCCUAGAGGAUGGUUAGAAGCCAGCUUUCCAGGGAAAGGAUCUGGGUAUCAUCUGAAGAAACUAAGGGCAAUCCCUCUUUCUGGGUCCAUAGUUCUGUGAAUCUCGUGGUGCAACUGGAUUUGCCCUCUCCUAAGCACCUCUUGGCCUCCAAGGAGGUGCCAUAUUUUACAGUCGGGAAUGGGUUUUGGGUGAUAGUGGUAUUUGUUUUCUGAGGGGGCGGUGGGGAAGCAGGAUGCUUGUUAAUAUUUUCAAGUUUAUUGAGGAGGGGCGUAUGUGAAAUAUUGUAAAUAGGCCUAGUUGAGGAACCAGUUGUCAUCUCCAGGUGAAGUUUACGGUUGUGUCUUUUGAGUUGUGUGCUAUAGCUGAAGGAGGCUGGAGGCUCCCAAGUGAAGUCAGCCUGGGAUGAAAUGGGCGGAAGCCUGGUGAGUCCCAGUGGAGAUGUGGCUCAGCUCAGUAGAGAGCAUGGUUUGUGCUCUUCCUCUUGAGGGGUUUCUGUGUUUCCAAACCAUUAAAAGAGCCAGUUUUCUGUGCUCGAGUAGUGCCUCAUCUCUCAGCGGCUGUGGAAAUGGUGCACCCAAGAUGUGCAAUUUUAUUGACUAAAUUAAGCAAUAAACAUCAUCGAUGGAA